AUGGUCUUCUCUCCAGUUUCUGCUGAUCCAAUUCUAAAUGCCAUAAAUGCGUCUGGCGAUCGUUUUUUUAUUCGAAGUCAAAUAAUGCUAUGGAAAUUGGAACAACUUGCUUUUCAAGGGCUAACAAAUUGGAAUACAGAUUUUUGUCGUCCAGGUUUCCCUCAUGAAUUUGUUAAAAAUGCGGCUGAAUUGAAACAACAGCUAAAUGGUGUUUUGACUAGAGCAAUACAAGACAACAAGAGUACUUUUGACAUUUUUAGUAAAGAGGUUUUUUAA